AUGAAGUACACGACCGCCAUCCUCGCCCUCGCCGUCGGCGCCCUCGCCCUUCCUCAGGAAGCCUCCACCAUCACUAGCGCCCCAGUCUCCGCCGCCAGCGUCACCUUCACCCCCCAGCAGUCCUGCGCCAUGCAGUGCGAUCCCGCGGACGUGACCUGCCGCGCCCAGUGCUUCGGCGUCGCCCGUCCUAAUACCUCGCAGGUCCUCGAGACCAACGAGUGCGCCUCCAAGUGUGACCAGGGCAGCGGAAGCCCCGAGGACACAAAGAAGUAUGGCGAGUGCUUGCUGGAUUGCUAUGCCAAGUACUUCCCCAGCACCCAGACGCUCACGCCGGGUGGGAACGGGAAUGCUGCGCCCACGACUACGGGCACUGGAGCGAACACGCCCACCGGCACCAACGGUCAGCCCACUGGCUCCGGAUCUGCCGCCGGUUCUAAGCCAACUGGAGCGGCCAACGUCAACGGCGUCCAGCUUGCUGGUGUGGGCUUCGCCGGCUUCGCCGGCUUUGUCAUGGCUCUUUUCGCUCUGUAA